AUGUGGUCGAUGUUGGUAGACUUGCUAAAGGAAACCAAGGCGUCAUUAGAGAAGGGUUUACAAGAAACUAGAGAAAGGGGAGAAAUACUCCACGAAUCAUUAAAGGAAGAUUUACAAGAAUUUAGAGAAACAGUAAAGGAAGAUUUACAAGAAACUAGAGAAAGGGGAGAAAUAUUCCGCGAAUCAUUAGAGAAGGGUUUACAAGAAACUAGAGAAAGGGGAGAAAUAUUCCGCAAAUCAUUAGAGAAAGGUUUACAAGAUUUGCAAGAAGCUAGAGAAACGGAAGAAAUAUUCCGCAAAUCAUUAAAGGAAGAUUUACAAGAAACCAAAGAAAGUUUGGAGUCAUUUAAGGAAACUAUAGCACAAGAGAUCAAAACAUCGCAAAUGAAGAUAGAAUGUAAUUUGAAGAAGGAAAUGCAGGAGUUACAAGAACAGUUGAAGAUGGACAUCAACGAGAGAGAGAGUAAGCUACAGAAGAGUAUAGACCAAGUCCAGGGAGACGUGGCGAAGAUGAAAGGAAAGUUGACAAAAAAGAUAGAAGACGAUAUUGAAGAAACUAAAGCCGAAUUGGGAGAAAGGAUCACCGAAGUGGAGACAAAUUGCAAUCAUCGAAUCACCGAGGUGACGCAGAUGCAGAAACAAUGCAAUGAUGCGGUUAAGGGAAUAGGAGAUAGGCAAAACCAACUGGCUGUCAAUCUGAGGAAUGCUAUAGCCAAGCAACGAGAAGAGGAUAACAAGAGGGUGGCGAUGGAGGUCAGGCAAUUGCAACAGGGAAUGCAACAAUUGGAGAGCAAGACAGAAGAAAUUGAUAAACGAAUUAGCAGUGCCACUUUAACCGUUGGGGAAGGUAGAGUUGUUACCUUGAUGGGCAGUGAUAAUCGGUACGUCCAAAAUAAUACAGGGCAGAAGUUCAAACCGAAAGGAGGGUUGCACCCAAUGAUAUUUAUGAAAUGGUUAAAAGGAGUUUUCCCAGCACAUUUCAAAGACGCAGACAAGAUUCAAUUUGCAAUAGAUAGGAUGGAAGGUGAGGCCUUCACUUGGGGAGUCAGGAAGAAGGAAGGGACUACUAGUUACAAUCAGUUUGAAGGGGAAUUCUUGAAGAAAUACUGGUCCAAAAGUCAUCAGUGUGCAGCAAUUGAGGACCUACUACACCGCAAGUCACUUAAUACAUGGAGAGGAACGUUGAGAGAGUUUGCCGAACAUUUGUGGGAAUUGAACAAGACCUUGGAACAACCCCUGAGUGAUGACGUAAUGAUAUCAGCGAUAAAAAGAAGAUUGAGCCGGAAAAUGCAAGAAACUGUAUCCGGGAGCCUAAGUAAAGAUAAGGAGGCCUUAAUGGAGAUACUGGAACAGUUGGAAUCGGUUCGAUCACAGGAACACAAUCAAGCUAAUGAUCAAAACCGAGAGGGAAGUAGUGACCAAAGGAAUCAUUUUAAUAAUUCGUCUAAUUAUAGAAGAAGAGGUGGUGGCCAUAGAUACAGGAACCAUGGUGGUGAACGGCAAUGGAGAAAUGAUUGGAGAAGGAGUGAAGAACCAAGAGAUCAUGAGAGAGGAAGGAAUAGGCGAAUGAAUGACACAGUGCAUAUAGAAGAGGCUGAGAGACCGGAAAACUGA